GUGGGGCAGGCUUCCUGUCUUCUCUGGCUGUCAGCCUCCAGGCUUCCAACCACGCUCAAAGUCAGGAAAAGGAGGUGUGGGCUUUUGGGCUGUGCCACUGGCAGCCAGAAUGUGGUUGGCUGUCUCCUCCCCUUCCGCACUGGAGCUCUACACACUGUGCACUCUGGAAUGACAGGCAUUCCCGUGUGAAGAGAGCCGGCGUGAAGACCUUUGUGAGAUCCUCAGUAGCUGGUGGCCUGGAUAUAGGAACACAGAAACUCCCCAUCUCAUGCUGCUUCCCGGCACGUGGCUGUGGUUCAGGAUUGCUGGGCCUUUCUGUGGAUUUGUCUUUUAAAAGAAGUUUGCUUUUGUCCGGGACAGUUUGUUGUCGUGGGAUACAUCUAAGACAAUUAUAACCAUGGGGCAAGCUGAUGUCUCCAGACCGGUAAAUCCAGAUGCAGUUGAAGAAGCCGAGCAGCCCUCUGGAGACCCAGGCAUGGUCAUGGACAGUGUGGAAGCAGGAGACACAACACCUCCCACCAAAAGAAAAAGCAAGUUCUCUGGUUUUGGCAAGAUCUUCAAGCCGUGGAAAUGGAGGAAAAAAAAAAGCAGUGAUAAAUUCAAAGAAACAUCAGAAGUUUUAGAGAGAAAAAUAUCUAUGCGAAAACCGAGAGAAGAGCUGGUUAAACGAGGGGUUCUGUUGGAAGACCCCGAGCAGGGUGGUGAGGAUCCAGGAAAGCAGAGCCAUGCCACAUUGAAGAAUGGCCACACCACUCCCAUAGGGAGUGGCGGGUCUUCUAGUCCAGAACUGGUGGAACAGGAGCUGGUCACAGUAUCAAGUCUUAGGAAUCUUACUCCAGAAGAGGAUCCAAAGAAGAGACUAGGUUCAACUGGAAGCCAGCCUAACUCUGAAGCAGAGUCUGGUCCUGAGCAUGGACCUAAGCAGCCUCUACUUCCCCCCAAAAGAACCUCGUCCUCUUCUUCUGAAGCCAGGGAAGGCCAAGCAAAGGAGGCCAUGUCCAGCAGUGCAGUGAGGGCUGUCUCCUCUACUUCUGGCUCUACCACCACGACAUCUUCUGUCUUCACUGCUGCCACAAAUAUAACAAAGACUGCUAAUUCUUUUGUCACCCCUGCCCCAGCCCCCAGGACUCUGCCUGCUGCUCCUGUUAGCACUAACACUACUGCCACCCUAAGUUUUACUCAUACAGGCCCUGCCAAGCAGCCCCCCAUCCCACCCCCUAAACCAGCUCACAGAAACAGCAACCCUGUCAUUGCUGAACUAUCACAGGCAGUAAACAGCGGCACAGUGCUGUGGAAACCAUCCCCGCCCUUGCCCCCCAAGAGAGGCAUUCCGUCAACCCCGGCACCCACCACCGAGCCCGCUGCUUCACUCACAACAAAAGCAGCAAGUGAUCAAAGAGAAAAAACUGUCUCUAUGUGUCCGGAAGCACCGCUGAUAAUCCCGCCUUCCUCCCCAUCACCCCCACUGCCUACCCACAUACCUCCAGAGCCCCCACGGUCCCCACCGUUCCCUGCUAAGACUUUUCAAAUGGUGCCAGAAGUUGAGUUUUCCCCUUGUCUAGAUCUGUCCCAGGAUGUUUCCCAGCAGGAAGAUCAGAAAAAGGAAAUCCUCAAGAAGAUACAGGACCAGAGCUUUGGGGAACCCCACAUACCCUCCAGACUGCCCCCACUCCCACUGCAUAUCCGAAUUCAGCAGGCCCUUACCAGCCCCCUUCCCGUGACCCCUCCCUUGGAAGGCACUCACAGAGCUCACUCACUGCUCUUUGAGAACAGCGACAGCUUCUCUGAGGACAGUGGCACCCUGGGUCGGACCAGGUCCCUUCCCGUCACCAUUGAAAUGCUGAAAGUUCCAGAUGAUGAAGAAGAAGAGCAGAUCUGCCCGGUGGCGUUUGUUGAAGACAUGACGUCUACCUCAGUCACUCCGAAACUACCAUUGUGUCUGCAAGAGGAAGGAAAGGAGAGUGACUCAGAUUCAGAGGGUCCCAUUCAGUACCGAGAUGAAGAGGAUGAAGAUGAUGAAGAGGAAAGCCAUCAAAGUGCCCUGGCCAACAGAGUGAAGAGGAAAGACACACUGGCCAUGAAGCUGAACAGCAGACCCAGUGAACCAGAGCUGAACCUGAAUUCCUGGCCUCGUAAAAGCAAGGAGGAAUGGAAUGAAAUUCGGCACCAGAUUGGGAACACGCUGAUCCGGCGACUGAGUCAGAGACCCACCGCGGAAGAGCUGGAGCAGCGGAAUAUACUACAGCCUAAAAAUGAAGCUGAUCGCCAAGCAGAGAAACGGGAGAUUAAGCGUCGGCUCACUAGAAAGCUCAGUCAAAGGCCAACUGUAGCUGAACUUCUUGCCAGGAAGAUUCUGAGGUUUAACGAGUAUGUGGAGGUAACAGAUGCUCAAGACUAUGACCGUCGAGCCGACAAACCGUGGACCAAACUGACUCCUGCCGACAAGGCUGCCAUAAGAAAAGAACUGAAUGAAUUUAAAAGCUCAGAGAUGGAGGUCCAUGAAGACAGCAAACAUUUCACACGCUACCAUCGCCCAUGAGCCUGAAGUAUGAGAAAGGAACUAAAGGACCAUCGAUCGGAAAAGCAGAGCUGUUUUGUUGCUUGUCUCCAGGGUCAGCAUAGCACUUCCUGCCCGGCCAGAGCUGCUCUGGGAUCUGGUUCAGGAUGAACAGCACUUCUAUGAAUGUAGCUUUCACUGGAACAGAUUCCUGUGCUCCCGUACAGAAGAAUGAGGCGCCCGGGCUUCGAGCCUCUUCACAGCGCUGCAGCAGACUUGGGGGCUUUUGGCUCAGCAGCCACAGCAAGCAGCUCAGGGCCCCUUGCAGCUUCCGCGCUUCCCUGGCUACAGCACACCUGCCUGUGCUGAGGCAGUUUGCACCAGGAGCCUUUCCUGCCUGCCCU